AUGGACUGGUACGCUGUUAUGGAGUCUAUACAACAACCGGCAAUGCCUCAAUGCACCCGUUGGAAGCAGACAGAUGAGAGGAAGAGAACAGCCACAUUCACCUUACACCAAGUCCAAACGUCAUCCCACGGGAUCCUGAAUGGACUACCUAGGACUACCAAGGAAUCCAUAGAUUGGAUGAUCGAGGAUGCACCUAAUCCACAGACUCUUAAGCAGAAGCCUUCUGUCAGAUACGCAAUAACCCACAGAGUUUGUGAGACAG